AUGACUCUGACUGCAGGCCACGAGUUGGUCAAGAAAUGUGCCAAGACCAAAUUUGUGAACCUGGUGAAGUGUCGAAGUGAGUUCAACAGUGUGAACGAAGACCUGAGAGCCACCUAUCACAUCCUCGCUGGUGCUGCACAGGUUGAUCCAUGGAGCACGAAGAGCGGGAUGCUCCAAGAUGUCGACUGGGAUGAUGGGUUGGGGCAGCUUGGUGCCAUGGCCCCUGCACGUUAUUCUCCUGCCGCAGCUCCCUCUCUGUAUCAUGAUGCAGCAGCCCCCAGGCCUCAACCCACCACGGCUGCUUAUGCUGCUGUUGUGGAGGUGGACAAAAGGAGAACGCAGCGUCCUUCUCCUCCUCAGACUGCAGCCAUGCUGCUGAACACUCUGCUUAUGGUAAUACUGAGCUCUCAGUGCAUCUGGGCCAGAAAGUCUGAACCCUCCCUCAGCGAGGGGGACACCGUCGGAUUGUUCAGGGGAUCAGACAAAUAUGACUUUGCCAUCGAGGUUUCUGCUGCAGGGAUGGAGUGUUUCUGGCACUUUGCCCACCAGAGUGGAAGCUUCUACUUCACAUAUAUGGUACAGUGGGUAACAGGGAUGGCCAACAAUCACCGGCUGUUUGUGACGGUCAACUCACCACAGGGCGUUCUGGUGGCUUCACACAACGAAGCCGUUGGUCGAUUGAAUUUCCAGACUGAGUUGACAGGUUUUUACCGAAUGUGUCUUGGGAACCACAACAACCAAUUUGGAGGAAUCAGGGUCUUUCUGAGCUUUGGUGUCAUCUACGAAGGAUCAGAGGAAUCAAAGAGAGAUCUGGAGGAAGGGCACAAAGUCCUCAACAGCACUUUGACUAGUAUUGAGGAGAGUGUACAGAGGCUCCAGAAUCAGAUCUUUCACAUGUGGCAUCAUUACAAUUUUGCUCGGAUGAGGAAAGGGAAAGAUCACUACCUCCUCCUGUCCAACCUCAGCUACGUCAACUGGUGGUCGGCGACCCAAAGUCUCAUCAUCCUCCUUACUGGAUACCUGCAGCUCCUUGUCCUCAAGAGACUCUUCCACACUGACACCAGCAGGCCGAGAUGCUGA